AAACUCUACUAAUUUGAAUAUGACCAAAGUUCCUAUUUUAACAAUGGAAGAUUGGUGUUUACCCCUUUUCCCCCUCUUGUCGACCGUGGUUUUCAAUAGAGUACUGAGAGCUCUUAGGAAAUUUGCACCAGUAUCCUGCUACUCAGAAAAGACAUGGAAGGCGUUUCCCCCAAACUCCCCUUCCAGAUAUCUGCUCAUAUUUAUAUUCCUGCAGCUGCCCAAGCUGAAUUUAGGAAAUUUUGAAGUCAUGGGACCCCUGGAGCCUAUCCAGUCUUUAGUGGGUGAAGAUGCUGAAUUGCCUUGCUACCUCUCACCUCCUGUGAGUGCUGAGUAUAUGGAGCUACGCUGGUUCCGGAAUACAUUCUCACCACCAGUAUGGAUGCGCUCAGACCUAGGACAGGAGCAAGAACAGAUGCCUGAAUACCAAGGAAGGGUGACACUGGUGCAGGACAACAUCACCUCAGGGCAUGCUGCUGUGAAGAUACAUGACAUCAGGGUCUCUGAUGAAGGGAUAUAUGGGUGUUUCUUCAGCGAUAAACACGCCCAAGGACAAGCCUUCAUACAUCUGAGAGUAGCCGCUCUUGGUACUGAUCCUCACAUCAGUAUGGAGGUUCAAGACAAAGGACAGAUCCAUCUGAAGUGCACUUCAGAGGGAUGGUACCCAAAGCCUAAGGUGCAGUGGAGAACUGCCACAGGAGAGAAGUUAUCAUCCAUGGCAGAUGUCAUGAAUCCUGAUGAAGAAGGCCUAUUUACUGUGGUAGCUCCAGUGGUCAUCACAGACAACUCUAUUGAGAGUGUGUUCUGCAGCAUCCAGAACCUCCUCCUUAACCAAGAGAAGAAAGCUGAAAUUUCCAUACCAGAUCUUUCCUUCCCAGUUUGGAAAACCUUGAUAGGAAUCGCAGUAUGCCUGGGAGUCAUCAUUGGAUUGUUUUUCACUUGGAAAUGGUGUGAAAGAAAAAAAAGAAGAGACAAAAUUGAUUACCUAAAAUGGGAAAUGGCUCGAUCCAAUGCAGUUGAUGUGACUCUGGAUCCAGACACAGCCCACCCUUCCCUCUCUCUAUCUGAGGAUUUAAAGUCUUUUCAUCAAAUGGAAAAUUCACAUCAGAACCUGCCUGACAAAAAAGGGAGGUUUAUGUCUUGGCCCUGUGUGUUAGGCCGUGAGGGCCUCACUUCAGGAAGACAUUACUGGGAGGUGGAGGUGGGAGACAGGACUGACUGGCUGAUUGGAGUAUGUCAAGAGGAUUCAAAGAGGAAACAAUUCAUCCCCAUAUCUCCCAAGGAGGGCUUCUGGGUUAUAGAGUUAUCUGAUAAAGGGUUUUGGGCCCUUCUUUCACCCCGGAUCCCUCUCUCAGUGACAGUGGCCCCUGAUAAGGUUGGAAUUUUCUUGGACCAUAAAUCAGGAACUGUCUCGUUCUACAACGUGAAUACCAGAUCCCAUAUUUUUACUUUCCCCAAGAACCCUUUCUCUGGUGCUGUUUAUCCUUUAUUCUUGUUGUGGUCUACUGAUAAGAAGCCUCUGACCAUAUGUCCAGUUUUUGAUGAGUCUUAAGGGUUUUGUCAUUGUUGACAUCCAGGGAUUUUAGAGAUUUUUAUUGUCUGCCAUAAAAGAGUCUGCCUGCAGAGUUAGCUAUACUCUCCUUUCCAAAUAAAUGGCAAUUCAGUCCAUCUACAAGAACCCUUAAGCAGUCAGUCAGUCUAAUGAGUUGUCUUUGCUUUUGAACCUCUUUCGAGUAUCCUUUCUCCUGAGGCUGUACUCGUUCCUGCCAUCCAGACCCUCUGUUACCUGUAUUGGGCAGGGGUUAGGUUUAAGAAAAUUGAGAUACAACUGAAUUAGCAGAUUUGGGGGGCACUUCUUAAUGUGCUUUAAAUAAGGCACAUUUUAGGAGAUUGGGAGUUAAAAAUCAAAUUAAGAAUGACUGAAAGAGUGCAUAGGAAACAUCUUGAUGUCCAGAACAGCAGUGAUGUGAAGGAGUAUGCUUUGCAUUAUGUGCAUGAAAAAGAGAGAAAAGGGAACACAAAGGUUACAGAGAAGGGGUUAAUGUUACCCAGAGAGGACACAGAAAGAGAUGAGGUAAAACCAGACUAACAGUGAAAUCAGGGUGGCCCCUUAGAAUUUGGCAGGUAUAUAUUUUCUAAAUAUUUAUGUUCUAUACCUAUGAGGGUAGCAAA